AAAUGCGCGUGAUCAUUUUCGCAGGUUCCUCGAUCCAGCCUCGAUCGGCGCCUGCUCUCCACCCGCGCGGGCCUCAUAAGGCUGGCGGGGGCGCAGUACCCAUUCUCACUCCUGCAUCCUCCCCAUCCACCCGACACCAUGUCCGACGGAGAGUACGAUGAGAAGCUCACCCAGAGCAAGGGCGAAAGCGUCCGCGCCGACGUCUACGACUCUGAGGCCGUCCUCGAUGCCGACGUCCCCCCAGAGGCCAGGCUGAAGCGUCAGCUCAAGAACCGUCACAUCGCCAUGAUUAGUAUUGGCGGUGUCAUUGGUACUGGUCUCUUUUUGGGAACUGCCACCUCGCUCAAGAAUGGCGGCCCAAUUGGUCUGCUGCUUGGUUACGCGGUCGUUGGCACAAUAUGCUACAGCGUCAUGAUUUCCCUCGGUGAAAUGAUUGCAUACCUUCCUUUGCCUGGUGGUCACAUCAGGCUGGCUGAGCGUUUUGUCGACCCCGCCUUUUCGUUUACUAUGGGAUGGAACUACUGGUACAACUGGACAAUCAUUCUCCCGGCCGAGCUCAGUGCGGCCGCUGUGCUCAUCGGCUUUUGGAACGACACGAUCAACCAGGCGGCGUGGAUCUCCAUAUUCCUCGUCGUCGUCAUUGCCAUCAACAUGUUCGGUGCUGGUGUCUAUGGCGAGGCGGAGUUCAUCUUCGCGUCGAUCAAGGUCGUCACCAUUGUCGGCCUUAUCAUCCUUGGUAUCGUCCUCGACCUCGGAGGCGGGCCGAACCACGACCGUAUCGGUUUCCGGUACUGGAAAAACCCCGGUCCCUUCGUGCAAUACAACGGCAUCGAGGGUAACACGGGACGCUUCCUUGCAUGGUGGGCGGUCAUGACCCAGGCUGCCUUCUCCUUCAUCGGCACCGAGAUCGUCGCUAUCGCUGCAGGUGAGGCCAAGAACCCACGCCGCAACCUUCCCAAGGCAAUCCGCCGGGUCUAUGUCCGUAUCCUUCUUUUCUACAUCGGCGGUGUCAUCAUCAUCGGCCUACUCGUGCCUUCCAACAAUAUCGACCUCAACCUCAAGUCAUCAACGGCCGCAAAGUCGCCCUUUGUUAUCGCUAUCAAGACUGCUGGCAUCAAGGGCCUUCCGUCCGUUAUCAACGCUGCGCUGCUCACCUCCGCCUGCUCGGCUGCGUCGAGUGACUUGUACACCAGCUCGCGUGCCUUGUACGGUCUUGCCAUGGUCGGCAACGCGCCCAAGGUCUUCACCCUGGCCACCAAGAACGGUCUUCCCUACGUGUCUCUGAUUACGUGUGCGCUCUUCGCGACGCUUGCCUACAUGGGCAUCAACAGUGGUUCAGGAAACGUGUUUACCUGGUUCGCAAACAUGACAUCUAUCGCCGGCCUGAUGACCUGGUUCGGUAUUUGUGUCACCUACAUCCGCUUCUACAAGGGCUUCAAGCUCCAGGGAUUCAGCCGUGCUGACCUGCCGUACGCGUCGCGCCUCCAACCGUAUGCGGCGUGGUACGGUCUUGUUGCGUGCUUCGUUGUCUGCUUGUUCAGCGGAUGGGGCGUGUUCCUGAAGGGCUCAUGGAACACCGCGACGUUCGUCACUAACUACCUCCCCUUCGCGCUCUUCCCCAUCCUCUACCUCGGCGCGAAGUACCGGACCAAAGUCCCGCUCGUGGCUGCGGCCGACAUGGAUUUCGUCUCGGGCCUUAAGGAGAUCGAGGCGGAGACGUACGACGAGCCCCCACCGAGGAACUGGGUAGAGCGCUUCUGGUCGUGGCUGAUGUAAUGCCGUGUUACGACGCUGUGCUGUUCAUGUCCAGGGCUCCGCGAUGUCGCGGCGAAGCUGAUAACUCACUCUAUACCGAGUUGUUGGCUGUAAGAGUAUAGUAUGUACAUACGGAUCUAUCUAUUGUUGUAAUGAGGAUGGCUCGCUGAUUUGGAGUGUAUUUUCCCGCCGCAUAUAUCGCCGGAUUUCAAACUGUCAGUGUUAGUGUGCUACUUCUAGUGUCUGUCGACGGUUUGAUGUACGUGCGCAGUACGUAUAACGUUUACUGUACGCAGCUCCGGCCGGCCAUCAUAUCAACUCGAAGCUGGCAUCCUGGACAGAUGCACAGGUCGGUAUUACAAGGGCGUGCGCUUUCGGUACCGCGCCUCACAUGCCAGCGACUUCGCGAAGUCCUCCAGUUAAAUUUGAGUUAAAGUUUCACAAUGCGGACACAGACCACGCUUCCGAGAGGGUUCGGUAUUUGCAUUACGUCGUACAUUUUGCUAUAAUC